AUGGAGACAAUGACUUCGACAGGCUCGAUGCAGUUUCCUCGUGAGGCAGCCAAUUAUGACGAGGUUUCUAUGCAGCAAAGUAUGCUAUUCUCUGAUAGUUUGAAGGACUUGAAAAAUCUUCGGAAGCAGCUCUACUCAGCUGCCGAGUACUUCGAGUUGUCUUACAGUAAUGACGACCAAAAGGACACAGUGGUGGAUACAUUGAAAGAAUAUGCUAUUAAAGCUCUUGUUAAUACGGUGGACCAUUUGGGCUCCGUCACGUAUAAGGUCAAUGACAUGUUAGAUGAGAAGGUUGAUGAAGUUUCUGGAACCGAGCUUCGUUUGUCUUGCAUCCAACAGAGACUGCGUACGUGCCAGGAGUAUGUCGAUCGUGAAGGUCUCUCUCAGCAGUCAUUGGUGAUAAACACUCCACAUUACCAUAAACGAUACAUCUUGCCAAUUGGAGAAACUAUGCAUGGUGCAGUUCGCACCAAAUCGAGAUAUCGAGGACGCAGCUUAGACGAUGGAGACGAGUGGCAUCGGUUUAAGAACUCCAUUCGAGCCACAAUUCGUGAAACUCCACCACCAUCUAUAGUCGGAAAAGGACCCUCUCCUUCACUCUCACCGAGAUUUGCUCAGCAACACGGGAACUUCUCAUUCUCUAACAACAUGCCGAGUAAAGAUUUAGAAAAAAGAGCAACGUCGCCACAUCGAUUCCCACUUAUGCGUUCAGGUUCGCUUUCGAUGAAGCCCUCAACUCCGAGAGGCUCGAAUUCAAGCACACCAAAUCGAACCCGACCGACUACUCCAAACCCUUCACUUGGAAGACAAGCGUAUAUUUCUGAAGCUCGAAAAUCAGCUUCCAUGCGGGUCCGUGUCGGGAAGGAAAGUCCUAGAGAAAACGAGCAAUACCCGAGCAAAAGCAAACGUCUACUCAAAUCUCUACUCAGUCGACGCAAGUCAAAGAAAGAUGAAACUUUGUACACUUAUUUGGAUGAAUAUUAG